AUGUAUGCAGCUUACGAUUAUGACAAAGAGCAGGAGGAUGAGCUGAGCUUUCGAGCUGGCGAUCGCUUGCUUGUUUUGGAACGAAAUUGCUGUUAUAAAGCCUGGUGGCUGUGCCAGACUACUCUCGAAAAUAACACUGAAAAAGGGCUGGCACCAUCAAAUUACCUCUCACUCUAUCCCAGCGUAUCGAAGCGAAGCGCUGACUUCAGAAUGUUUGAUAUACCGCAAGUACCAAAGCUGCGUGCUGAAAAAGUUGAGGGACGAGUGAACUGCUCAACAGCGACUGAUGAGAAAAUCAGUGCUUUCCCGGUUGCUUCUGAAGAUCUGGUUUCCUGA